CUAAAGUGAAGUUCGACGGUGGCUUCCUAUUCAAACAAACUACACAGCACCAACUAAGAUCUUUCUCAGUCGCUGCUCUGCGUUUGUUUGUUGCCUCUGCAAUUAAGGUUGUUUUGCAAAUGGCUGAGGCAAAACCAGGAAUGAGGAAACCAGUGUUCAUCAAGGUUGAUCAGCUUCGUCCAGGAACUAGUGGACACACUCUUACUGUAAAGGUGGUGAGCUCGAAGAUGGUAUUGCAGAAAGGCCGGCCUGAUGGGCCUCAAGUACGUCAGAUGCGCAUUGCAGAAUGCUUGGUUGGUGAUGAGACUGGAAUGAUAAUCUUUACAGCCAGAAAUGACCAAGUGGAAUUGAUGAAACCGGACACUACUGUUAUCCUGCGGAAUGCAAAGAUUGACAUGUUCAAGGGUUCGAUGAGGCUUGCUGUGGACAAAUGGGGCCGUGUUGAAGUGACUGAACCUGCAAGCUUCACAGUGAAAGAAGUUAACAACCUUUCGCUGGUGGAAUACGAGCUGGUGAAUGUUGUUGAAGAGUAAAUGAAAAAAACAGCUUGCUCCUCACUAUCCCUGAUUGGAAUUUUAAUGAAGCAAGAUAUGGAUUUUGUGGUUUUUUGGUUGGCAAAGUGGAAUGUCUGUUGUUUCCUGGGCAUCUGGGUCCAAGUUAUCCAUGAAGAUUCUCUUUUUAGGAAAAAAAAAAUCUCGAAGCUACUACUAAUUAAGGAAGUCAAAUGAUACCUAAGCAGCAGCUAAGGCAGCUGGUGGAACUUUCUGGAGAUAACUUCAACACAGAUGGUGCUUGCACUCAAAAGACUAAGAUACAAGGCAGCUGCUUAUAGAACUUGUUUUCAGUUGCUUCUUAUUUUAGGACAGAAAUUCCUUCUCGGGUAAGAGACAACAUCUAUUGAAAUUGAAUGUUUUCUCAAGUUUGAUCCUAAUUUUUUGCCAUA